AUGCAGGCGUGCAAGGCUGAUCCGGUUUUGCGUAGGUGUGCAGGUACCAUACCAAAUGAGAUUGGUCAUCUUCCACGUUUAGAGGAAUUUGUCCUGGGUGGUAAUAAUCUCAGUGGCCUCAUCCCAACCUCAAUCUUCAAUAUGUCGAUAAUAUCAAUGAUAUCACUUGACAGCAACCAGUUCUCAGCCUUCCCGAGCAAUCCAUUGAAGGCUCCACUUCCCAUUUCCUUUAGGAAUCUCUCUACAUUACUUGAGACCAUUGAGCUAAGCAAUUGCAGCUUGAGAGGUUACAUUCCAAAUGAUAUUGGCAAUUUGAGCAGCCUGACACUCAUAGCUUUGGACUACAAUCUAUUAAGUGGAACCAUUCCAACCUCAGUAGGAAGAUUACAUAAUCUCCAAGAUAUCAUGCAAUUAGACUUGUCAUCCAAUUCUCUAAUUGGACCACUCUCAGAAGAAAAAGAAAAAGGUGAAAGCUGCAACAGAGACUACCUUCUUGCCUCAACUUCUAUGGAGAAGAGUUUCAUACCAAGAACUUCUAAGUGCGAGUGUGCGACAAAUGGAUUCACCGAAAGCAGCUUACUUGGAGAUGGGGGUUUUGGUUCAGUAUACAAAGGAACACUGUCAGACGGUAUGGAGGUUGCCAUAAAGGUUUUUAAUUUACAGUUAGAAGGGGCAUUCGCAAGUUUUGAUACUGAAUGUGAAAUGUUAAGCAAUAUUAUUCGUCACCGAAAUCUCAUCAAAGUCAUCAGUUGUUGCAGCCAGAUUGAUUUCAAAGCUCUCGUAUUGAACUACAUGCCUAACGGGAGUCUUGACAAAUGGUUGUAUUUUCAGAACUUUUCCUUGGACAUCCUUCAGAGGUUGAAUAUAUUGAUUGAUGUUGCGUCGGCAUUGGAGUACCUUCAUCAUGGUUAUGAGACACCUAUUGUCCAUUGUGAUUUGAAGCCCAGCAAUAUAUUACUAGAUGAUGAUAUGGGUGCACAUGUUGCUGAUUUUGGCAUUGCAAAACUCUUGGGUGGAGGAGAUUCUAUGACUCGAACCAUGACCCUUGCCACAAUCGGUUAUAUGGCUCCAGAAUAUGGAAUGGAAGGAAUGGUCACCAGAAGAGGGGAUGUGUAUAGUUUUGGUAUUGUAGUGAUGGAGACAUUCACAAGAAGGAAGCCAACUGAUGAGAUCUUCGCUGGGGAAAUGAGUUUAAAGCAAUGGGUUGCAAAUUCACUAGAUGCAGGUGCGAUAGUUAAAGUUGUGGAUGCGACUUUACUUGGAAUAGAGGAGGAUCAUGAUUUUGUGAGCAAGAGGGAAUGCUUAUCAUCUGUUAUGAGAUUAGCUGUUGGUUGUUCAGCAGAAUCACCAGAAGAGAGAGUAAAUAUGCAAGAGGCUCUCGCCACGCUUAAGAAAAUCAAGAUCAAGUUUUUGAAGGACGUUGGAGGAGGUGUUGAACAGCCCUCUUCUUCAAGGAUCCGAAUCUUCUAA